UUAAUUCCUAUAAAAUUCAUUGAACCAUCCAUGUAUAAAACUCUGCUAAACUUUCAAAAAACUGCUGCAAUUUUUUUGUAGCCCCUCCAUUGGACACUAGCUCAAGUUCUUUGAGGCCUCGUUAAUUGUUUUAUUUUGCUCCUUUUUCCUCUCUUUAUGUGAAUUGGUUUAUCUGCAUUUCUUCUCGAAUCCCUUUUUCUAAAUUGAUUUUUGAGCAUCAUUCCAUGAAUCUGCUUUUGAAUACCGCUGACGAUUUUUAUCUAAACUUCUGUAUUAGUACAGUUUGACAGUGGAGGCCUGCCUGGGUUUUUUCCCCGAGGCUAGUCAAACCAGUCUAUGAGAGAUUGAGCGUCACGUCUGAUUAAGUUUGAACAAAGGGAAGAGGGAAUGAGUAGAGUAGGAGUAGCCAUUACCAUGCCCUUGAAACCUCUACAGUCCCCAUCUUUCUCGUCAACUAGAUUACAUGGCAAACUUGACUCUUGCAGAUUUUCAAAAAACAGGGUAAGAUGUUUUACAGCAGAAAGUACAGAGAAGGCAAAUAGUAAUAGUUAUGGGGGUAUGAAUUUCGAGGGUAGUGUAUCGAAGGAGGAUGGCUCUUCAAAAUUGAGACUUGACGCUUGGCUUGCUACACAAAUUCAAGGGGUGAGCAGAGCACGUAUACAAUCCACUCUUCGUCAGGGCCUUGUUCAAGUGAAUGGUCGCUCUGUCACCAAGGCUUCACAUGUUAUUCGGGCAGGGGAUACUAUUAACUGCACUGUUUCUACAUUGCCUCCUUUGAGAGCUGACCCAGAGGAUAUUCCACUGGAUAUUGUCUACGAAGAUGAUCAUGUUAUUGUUAUAAACAAAUCAGCUCAUAUGGUUGUUCAUCCAGCUCCUGGUAAUGCUCAUGGCACACUUGUUAAUGGAAUCCUUCAUCAUUGUGGGCUUCCAUCAGCAGGAUGCUCAAGUGAGCCUAAUGCAGAUGAAGUUGAAGAAGAUGGUGAUACAGAGCUUCAGAUCCAUCCUCUAGAUUGUGAUGAUCGACACUCAACUUUAUCAUCUAUGAAUUCUGAGUCCAUAGUGCGACCAGGAAUUGUGCAUAGGUUGGAUAAAGGAACAAGUGGCUUGCUUGUUGUAGCUAAGGAUGAAAAUGCUCAUGCCCAGUUAUCUGAUCAAUUCAAAAGACACACUGUUCAUAGAAGAUAUAUUAGCCUUACAUGUGGUGUUCCUCAUUCAAGUAAUGGUUAUAUUGAGAUCCCCAUUGGCCGUGAUUUAAAUAACAGAAUCCGGAUGGCUUCAGUUCAAAAUCCAACUCCCAAUAGGAGGGCACGCCUUGCUGCCAGUAGGUAUAAUGUGAUUGAAGUUAUUGGUGGAGGUGGUGCUGCACUUGUGGAAUGGCGAUUGGAGACUGGGCGAACACAUCAGAUAAGGGUUCAUGCUCAAUACCUUGGUUAUCCACUUCUUGGGGAUGAUUUGUAUGGAGGAACAACAGGUAUGGCAUUAUCUCGGUUAAAACCAAAAGUGGCUUCAAAGUAUCAUGGUCGGCUUUCAAAACUAAUUUCCAAUCUCCAGCGACCUUGUCUCCACGCCUUGUCUCUUGGCUUUGAACAUCCUCAAACUGGAAAGGAAAUGAAGUUUUCAUGCGCUCCUCCACUUGAUUUUAUGGAUGUGUUGCACCAACUUCGAAACAUGGAGUCUAAAUGAUGACAUUUUUCAACUUUUGAAGCUUUCACAUUUACAAGCCCAUUCUUUAUUUAAACUAUGGGAUAAACAUCUUGAAUAAGGGAAGUUGGUUUGUUCUUUUACUGCAUGCAUUAUAAAAAUAUGUUUAAUUCAUCAAACGAAAUGAAGUGAUGGAAAAACUUAGAUUAGGAAUAAAAAUCCCCUAAAAUAUAUAAGUAUUGGUUUCAAUCAUCCUCCAUUGUAGGUGAUUGCUUGAAUGAACUUGUUGAAUUUCAAUGUGAAGCGAUUUGAAAGCAUCUAUUCUCUGAUCUACUGUGAAUUCGGUACCUAUUGAAGGUCAGUGUCAGAGAUGAAGUUUCACUGCAAACUGUAGAUUAACCGAUUUGCAUCAAUGGGUAUGCAUAUGUGGAUGGAGGCAUCAAAGUUGAACUCAGCCUAGUAAAUAUUCUGUCGAAGCUUCAAGCUCUGCAUAGUAAUCUAGCACAUGAUAAACCUAAACUAAUACGGAUUCACUGUGUAAGAGUCCGGAUAUCUGUGCUACUGUAGGGAACGAAAUAUUAAGAAUUUAAAUUUGCAUACAUAUAGGUAUAUAAUCAUUUACCAGGAAAAGAUUAGGAUGCGUAGACAUGAUGCAGUUUGGAGACUAUUAGAAUGUUAUUAUAGUCAUAUGGAAACAUAAUUUAAUGACUUUAAGGGGAAAUUUAUUAUCCUCAUUGUAAAAUUCUGGAUAUUAAAAUUUGUGCCAACAAUUUGCAGCUUGUAUUAAGAAACGAUCAAAAUAUCAUAAAACCAGAGAGGAUGACGGGACAUUGGCAUUA